UGACAGUUGACGCGUUGACAAAACAUAUGAGAAAUUAGUAAACAACGGAUCGGUGGUUCAAAUAUUAAUUGUUAGUACAAAAGUUUACAAAAAUGAAUCAUACCCAAAUUUUUAUAACAAUUUUUUCAGUUUUUUUAUAUAUACAUUUAGGCGUAUCCCUAGAAUGCUAUGUUUGCGAUAAUCAAGAAGACAAUCACGGGAAAUGUAGUAGAACUAUAGCAACGUGCGAUUAUGGAGAAGACGUAUGCUUAUCAGAAAUAAGUUGGGGAAGUACCCCCUACUGGCAACAAGGUGCCUUAAAGCAAUACUAUAUAUCAAAACGAUGCUCAACUAAAGAAAAAUGUGAAAAAUUUCGAAGUAGUAAUAUGGCUACAUGUACUCACAUCUGGUAUCAAGACUGGAAAUGUUCGGAAUGCUGCAAAGGUGACAGGUGCAAUUAUUAUAUUAUUUCUGAUUCGUCAAAGAAAACGCCAUUAAAUAGUGUUAUUUUCUCGACAUUUGUAGUAUCUACAGUAAUGUUCAAAUAUUUUAACUGAAUAUUAGAUAUUUAACAGGACUUGUUUGUAAUGUAAUGUAUAAAAAAUCAUUUAACCAUAGACUUGUGUCAGCUAUAGCACUCACAUGAUUUUUUAAUUAUAUGUGAGAUUAAAAAAAUAGUUUAUGGUUGUGGUUAUAAUAACAAUUACUACAGUCAUCUAUCAAAGUCAUUGAAAGGAUUUAAAGAAAGUACACAGAUAUAUUUUUAACAAUCAAAAAUUUAUUAUUUUUUCAUAGUAAAAUGUAAUUAUGGUGAAUAUACAAAUAUUGGACAACUUUUUGUCUAUUUUCCAUAAAUUUUUACCAUAAUGUGUACAAAUGUUUGUAUGCAUAUUUUAUCUCAUUAAUAUACUGUCCUAUGUCAUGACAGUCAUGUUUUUAAAUAUUUUUGAGGGCAAGAGUACAAUUUCCUUGGCAACAGGAUUUGGCAAUGCCAUUUUGUAAAUUGACCCAAAAUAACUCAAAAAUGAAGACCCCACAGGGUUUCGUCUUUGAAAGCAUUCAGAGCUUAUGUCUUGCUUGAUGAGCUCAAAACAGCAUAUUUCUACUUUUAGUUAUUGAUGAAAUCUUCAGAUUAUUGCUAAAUAUUUUUCUUAUUUUAUAAAUGGCACUAAACAACAGUCAAUUUUUUCUAAAGAAGUUUGAACCAUUCCUGUAUAUAAUAUUUAUCACGCUGGGAAAAAAGUCAUGUAUAACUUCAACCUUUUGUUUGUUAACUUACAAGACUCGUGUUGAAUUUAAAGGGAUAAAAUUUAGACAAAGUAUUAAAACGCAUUUGUUCUAUAAAGUAAAUCUCAAACUGGGUUAUGACUUCAAGUAUUGAUAUCUGAAGCGAGAAUUCAAAAAAUUUUAUUCCUAAUUUUCGUUUUAUUUUUGCCUAAUUAAGAUAAAUUUAUUGCCACGAAAAACGUAUUCUACCCUUUUUGAUAUAUUUACAUUGUUUCAAUUUUUAUUCUUAUUAAAAUGUUAGUAAAAUUUAAACUUGAAAUUUGUAUAAUUCUCAGUAAAAAACUAGUUACAGGGGUUAUUAAAAAAGUCAAAAUACGACUAAUACAAUGUUGUAACAUCCUCUGAAACUAACUAAAAAAACUGUUGACUUACAGAAAUCAGAUUAUAAAGUUGAAUCCUGAAAUCAUUGAAAUUUCUAUCUUUUAUUGCAUUUCAGUAGAAAAAUUCUUUGAUUUUUAUGUUUCACAUUUUUUUGGAGGAUAUUUUUGAAAUUCUUCAAGUUUUCUUAAUGUACACAAGUUCAUUGUAAUAGGUAGGCAUUAUUUCAUCAAAGCCAGUCUAAAUUUCUCUAAUUUUUCUCUAUAGUCUGGUGAUGCUUUAACCUUUUUAAACCCUUUCAAAUAAUAGUUGCAGUCUUUCUCUUCAAAAUAGACGUUUACAUAUAAAUUUUAAGGUUAGGGAAGAGGAAAAAGUCGCAGGGGACUAGGUCUGGUGAUUAUGGUGGGUGGUUAAUUAAUUUAAAGUGAAAUGGACACUUAGGAUAAGCUAAGAGACUAUGUAAGUCCAAAUCGUGGGAGGGUAUGAGAUAGAAGGCGAAGAUUUCUGGCAGCUACAGUCAUCUCACAUCCCGAGUUUUCUAAAAGGAAUGAGUUUAAUAUAUUAGGGGACAAAAUAGAUUACAUACAUGUCACCCUAAACUACAUAUAUAACGAACACCACCUCAAUAUAUCAGAUUACUGUAGAAACAAAUCUCAAGUAUAUCAUGUAGAUUGUUGGAAAAAUAUAGUGUACAACACGUGCAGAAACUAGAUACAAUAUAAGGUUGUUUUAUUUGAAUCUGAGGCAUGUAUCUGCGUGUUAUGUCAUUUAAGUUAUGAAUAUAUUUUAUUAUGUUAUAAAAAACAAUUUUUAUAUGGUUUUGAAAUUAUGUUAAAAAAUAUUUACCCGAAUCUCAAUAAUUGCUCCGUCCAUUUUUAGUAUUAUUUACAAAAAAUUUUUAUAUUUUAAGAUGAAGCAUGGCACAUAAUUUUUAUAUUUUUACAAGUUUACAUUGUUAACUUUGUAUACACUUUUUAAUAAAGAAAAUAUAUUUAAA